AUGAGCUUCACAGUCAGCAACCCCUGGCGCGACCGCAUCCUCCGGGGCGAAGUCUGCUCCGUCAUGUCCGUCAAGUACGCCAUCGGCAACGAGAUCGCCAUGAUGACCAAGAUGGCCGGCAUGGACGGCAUGUUCAUCGACAUGGAGCACUCGGUCAUGACCAUGCGCGAAGUCUCCCAACUCAUUACCGCCUGCAACUACGUCGGCGUCAGCCCCAUCGUCCGUAUACCGGGAAAGGCACACUGGCAGCUCUCGAGGAUUCUCGAUGCUGGCGCUGCUGCCGUUGUUAUCCCACAUUGCGAGACUGUGGAGCAGGUGAAGGAAAUUGUGAGGGAUGCGAAGUACUGCACGACGGAUCUGCCUGAGGGACGGCGAGGGUGUGCUGGUAAUCAACCUAUCCUCAAUUUCCAAGCGGUGCCGACUAUGGUUCAGAACAAUCUUCUCAACCGGGAAACAAUGGUUUUGCCUAUGAUCGAGACUCCCGGCGCGGUCGAACUGGCAGACGAGUUCUUCGCCAUCCCGGGCGUAGACGGUGUGUUGGUUGGAAGCAACGACCUGUGCACAGACCUGAAGAUCCCAGGCCAGUACGACAACCCACUAUACCUCGACUCAGUCACCAAGGUCAUCCAGGCCGGCGUGCGAGCAGGCAAGCCCAUCGGCAUUGGCGGGAUCGGAGGCCGGCUCGACCUGCUGGAGAAGUUCUUCGCGAUGGGCGCCACUUGGAGUCUGAGUGGUGCCGACGGCGCAAUGCUGCAAGCUGGCAUGCAGAAGCUCGGGAGGACAUACGCUGAGAUGAACACAAGGGUGCUCGAGGCAAGAAGGAUGGCAAACUCGACGUCAACACAAACAGCAGAAGAGCCGAAGGUGCAGGUACAGAGCACAGUGAGGGAAAUUGCUGCACAGACGGCUUGA